AUGGUUCACAUUCCGUCCUCACAUGAAGUAGCAACGGAAAAGGGUUUUUCAGGUGACAAAGAGACGAUCAAGGAGUACAGGGUUGUUGGAAGAUCUUUGGAAACGCUUGAUAUUCAGUUUUGUCGUUUAAGCGAUGAUAUGGUGUUGAAGCAUUUAAAGCCACUUCUAAAUCUUAGAGUCUUGGAUAUCAGCUAUUGCCGAAAGUUCACAGCUAAAAGCCUUGUAGCGUUUGGUAAUCAAUGCACGUCUUUGAUUCACUUGAAGAGAAACAAUUACCCAACGAAAGAGUUCCCAGCUAUGGAUGAUUCCGAAGCCAAAGCCAUUGCUGACACCAUGCCGAAACUACAACAUCUGAAACUUUGGUUUGGGCGAUUUGGUGAUUCGGGUCUUUGUGAAAUCCUUAGUAAAUGUAAGUAUCUUAAGCAUCUUGACAUUCGUGCAUGUUGGAAUGUGAAAUUGGAGGGUAAUCUUAAGAAGAUGUGUCAAAAGCUUGUGUGUUUCCGGAUCCACGAUUGCAAGUUUAUUGAGAGUGAUCUAUAUGACAUGAUUUUCCCGAAUGGGCUCGGAUACAAGGAUCCUUUCACACAAUUAGAAGCUCGCAGUAACCAAGUUUAUUGA